AUCCGGGCUCAAAUGGAGAGCUGGAUAGGUAAACAAACCGGCUCCAGCUCCUGCAACACAGGUGAGCUGAGGUGGGCGGGGCUUGUGACAGUAAAGUGAGCUGUCAGUGGAGGGAACAGGGCAGGUACAAAAAGCUAUUCGUUUGCAUAAACACUUCGAAUCCACACCUUAGUGCUGCAGAGAGUACAGACACCACGGCUGUGCGGAGGGUUUAACUUUUUCUUUAAGGUGCAGGACUCUGCGCAGGAAAACCAAGCUUUAUCUUACCAGUCAUGAAGUAAAGACUCAGAGGGCAUCUGGCAUCCAUGGAGUCCAAACUGUCCUGCCUGUCUUCGCUGAAAGAAGAAGACAGUCUGGUUUACAUCCAGCCACAUUACAAAGAAACCUACCGCCUGGCCAUUUACGCCCUGCUGUGCGGAGGCAAAGAGGCCUACGAGGAGUUCCUCCGAGCCGAGCACAUCAGCCACUUUCUGUCGGACGAGGAGAUCCUGUUCAUCUUGGGAAAUGCAGAGUUACCGGUUGUGGAGGACGACUCCGAGGGGAGACGGGUCACGGACGAGGUCAGCCCCUCCACCUACUUCCCAACCGAGUCGGAUGAGGAGGUGCCCGACCUGGACAUGGGCUGGCCUGAGGUCUCGCCGGAGGGCACGGACACGAGCAUCAGCCUGCUGUUCCACCCGCCCAGAGACAACACGCCGACCAUUAAAGAAGUGGUUCGCAAACAGAUACAGGAGGCGAGGCAGGUUAUUGCCAUAGCGAUGGAUGUCUUCACUGAUGUCGAUAUUUUCAAAGAGAUCAUCACUGCAACGUUGAGGGGAGUGGUAGUCUACAUCCUUCUGGACGACUCCCAGUUCAAGAGCUUCCUCACGAUGUCGCACAGAGUGGGCAUCAAUAUUCAAGACAUCAAGAACAUUCGUGUUCGGACGGUUCAGGGGCAGCAGUAUCAGUGUCGGUCCGGGGUGAAGUUCCGUGGAGAUUUGGAGCAAAAAUUUAUUCUGGUGGACUGCCGAACAGUGUUGUAUGGAACAUACAGCUACACAUGGACGUUUGAGAAGAUCAACGUCAGCAUGGUCCUGGUGAUCACAGGUCAGCUGGUUUGCUCAUAUGACGAGGAGUUUCGAAGACUGUACGCUCGCUCCACAGUUCCUGCAGUUCAGUCCAGGGAGCGCUCAUCUGUCCAGUACCUGAGAGACACUGUGGCCCCGCAGAGCCUAAACUCCAGCCGGCUUUCCCUCCAUCAGAUUCACAUGAGAUCCAGAGUGAUGCACGGCAUGAGAAGUGCUCCGGAUGACAGGUUUAACAAUGCCGCCAUGCUGACCAGGGGCCUGAGCAUGCAGGAGAUGCUGCAUCAAUCUCACUGUCCUGACAUGGGGAAUCUGGUGCGGGGACACAGUUAUGGCGGGGAACUGCAGAAGUUAAACUCCGUGACUCGGCUGAGGAUGGGGACCAAGGACAUCGGAGUACCUGUUGCUCCCGGGGAGAGGACUGGAUUUAACAUGAGGGGGGCCGACUUGCUGCUAACAAACAGGUUGUCCCAGCAGCACGUUAGGCACCAGACUCGCUAUGGAGCGGACCAGAAUCUCAUACCGUUCAACUCAGAAACAUCACUCCACAGGUGGAAGAUGGACACUUACUUUAACGACAACAAUGCGCCUCUAGAUGCAUCAUGUGAUGCGAUAUCUCCAUAUAGUAGUCACACAGGUUUAAACGAGCAUCAGUCACAGCUGAUUCACAGCAGGUCAAGGGACAUUAAGUCCAGGAUGGAAGAAAUUAGGCAAAAGAGGCUCAGUCUGCAGGAAUACGCCAAUCUCAGGCAGAGCCAAGAGUCCUUGAGGUCUGUGUAUCCAACUGUGGAAAGACCAAAAUUGAUGUCUUCAUUAAGAGGUCGGGACAUGAGGCAGAAUGUGGCAGAAUUAGAGCCAAAUACACAAAAUGGUUGCAGCCUGGAACCAGCCAACCACAAAGACAGUGAGCCAAAUAAGGAAGACAACAAAAGAGAGAAAAUUCUCACUGAUGGCCACCGCUCUGCCUCUCACUACGAUGUCAAAAUGGUUCCAGAUCGAAAGACAACGCAGACAUACGACUGGCAUGAGCCCCUUUCCAGGACAACCUCAGCUGCUGAUAUAGAUAUGAAACUCAACGAUCCAUCGCUCAAGCUCUCUCAUUUGCAGCCCAGUGGUCUCAGUAUCCAGCACCCAAGAGCAAUGGAGUCUUUGACUGAAAUCCCUGAAGAGAAAGAGGCUUCAAAUACACGUGUCAACAGUUCAGACUCUGCUGCAUUCAAAGACGGAAAUAAGGAGAUUCACAAAGACGAGACAGCUGUUCCAAAGGAGAACUCACAGCGUCAGGACCAAGCCAGAGGAAGCCAUGGUUCUAUAGGUAAGAUGUCCAGCAGCUCAGGCUCAGCUGCUCCAAGAGAAAGAAAGAAAUCAAUAACCAAUGAGGUACAAACUGUCCCAAAGACCGUAAACACUUCUACAGGAUCUCAGCAUGCAGCGGAAGCUAAGAGUAGUCACACAGAAAAAAGGCAGCACCAGGAACCAACCCUUCAAAGGAAGGAUUCCUUGAGAAUGAAAGUAUAUUCAAUGCUUACAUCAGAGGAAAAGAAAGCAUCCAAAAAAGAGGAGAAGUCACUCCAAAGAAAGGCCUCAUUGAGAUCAAAGAAUCCCCCAGGAUCAAACCAACCACUCAGAGCAGAUCAUCCGCAGGCAUCUGCAGCAGACCAAACAACAAACAAAGGUCAAUCGCCAAGCAUCUCCAGGUCGCAGAACUCUGUCAGUGGUCAAAGAGAGACAGAGAAGCAAAAAUCCCCACUCCCAAGAUUAUCUCCUCAGCGUUCAAGCAAAAGAAAGACGAACCUUGCAGCAGAGCAGGACCGAGGCUCGGGGAGCACUCCGGGCGACAAGGGAGCGACUGUCUAUCAAAGAGAGAAAGUCUACAGUCGAUUCGAAUAUUUGCUUAGUACUGAAAGUAUUCCUCAGGAUAAAUCAAUGAGGGUGGCAAGCAUGUAUCCCUCAGAGAAAGAAAGAGGGUCUUCCCUGAACAGGCAUGACUCUGGCUAUCCAGUGUAUCAGACACAAAGUGGCACUGACAACAAACUGGGAAGAUUCAUGCAACGAGUAGGAAGUCUAAUAAGCAAGAACAAGUAGUAGGAAGAGAAGAAGACUACCAUGCUCAGGAAUGAAGGCAAAAGUUAGUGUGUAGUCCUUCUGUUGUUUAUUGAUUUAUUUUGGCUCCCACACACAGGCUGUAUGUGGUCACCACUGCAGUAUGCUACAGUUUUUCCUUUGAUAGGUUUGAUAAUGUGGCUCAGAUCUUAUCAGGGAAGAUAUUUACCACUGACGCCAAAACACAAGAUGUGAUGUAUCAGGUAUCUGCUACUAAAUAAGUGUCUAUCUAUUAUCCUGAGUUGGAUGUUACAGGGAAGCAGGGUCAAUGUGAAAAUACCGGUAAGUCAAGUCGUUUACCAAUGAAGUUAAAGCAGGGUCAAUGUAACAAUAGC